AAACAUAGAAAAAAAUAUAAGAAAAGAUCUAAGAAUUCUAUUGGAACAAUUCUUCUAACUUGAGUUGUCUAACGGUGUUUUCAGCCAUGGCUAAACCCUCAAAGCGACUGUUAGCGGUUCUAUCGCUUUGUAUUCUGCUGCAGCAGUUUUCACCAGCCUUCACUGCCGACUUGUCAAGAAAUAGAAUCAGCCAUAAUCGCGAAAAGAGAGGGGACGAAGUAGAGGAAGAUGAUCAAGAAAACUCYGAGGGAAGAGGAAAGAUAGCGAACAAAAUAUUUGGCACAAUUUUGAAAAAGGGUUGGAAGUUCCUUGGAAACAGUAACCUUAUUGGCAAAAUAAACCUCGCGACUGACUUUACUGGAGCAUUAGCUGGAGUACUCUCCAAUAGCGAUCUCGUCAACAAGGCCAUUGAAAGUUGUGGGGAACCGCUUUCUUCCCAAAUUAAAGCCAAUUGGGAAGAGUAUAAUCGYUUGGUUAAUGAAUUCGAUAAAGACAGUAAAGAGAUUGAUAAAGUGAAUCUUCAAGCCGAAAGUCGACAAAUAUACACAAACUCAAGUUUUUACGAGUACAGGAGGACCAGGAUGAAACUAGAAAUYAUUUCAGAAGAACAGGAAAAAAUACUCAAWGCACUUGGAUCUGAAGACGAUUUAGCAGGCAACACAGGAAAUGACAAAAGGGCCAGAAUUAGGCUGCCGAGUGGUGUAGUACCGAAGAUAAUGAACAUUCGGCUUACGAACAUCAAUUUCAAAGUGGAUAUGCAAGGCAUAGGGAAUUCCGUCCAGCCUAAACUAGAUGGCGCAGCCAAGGGCUUCAAGGGAAUUGCUAACCGAGUAGUGCCAUUCAUAAAACUCUUCAUGGCAGCUUGGGGUAUAUGGACGCUUUUCGCAAAAUCAAUAGCCCAAGAAGCAGAAUGUAAAAAAAUGGUUGAAAAGUCCAGCAAGAGCAAAGAUGACAUGGAAGAUCUGUAUAAGAAGACAACACGAAUCUUGAAAGACGCAAAAAAAUACAAUAAAGAAGUACAAUUGGCAUUUGAUGAUGUACACAAACAUACAGUCGAUGCAGAAUUACUGGACACUUUGAACAAACUAAAGGAAGUCAUGACCGAUCCUUCAGUAGCUAUCCAGUCAGACAGCAGUGUUCAAGGCAUUGUWGCAGCUUUGGAGRAAUACGUGAAUGGCAAAAGCAUAACCACAACAAGCGAAGAGAACAAGGUCAAGCUAGCCCAGUUACAAAGAAAUCUAAACGAUGCUCUAUACAUAAUGAAGUAUAUUUUAGAGUGCCAUGUUACAAGAGGUGAAGUUAUCAAGAACGUGAAAGAAAUGUGCUCCGCAGGCGAAGGAUCGCUAUCACAAAUCUACCAGAAAGUGAAGAGRCUAAAUCCAGUCGAWGAUCCUGACACAUGUAACGACAGAAUUGGAGAAUUGUUUCCACCUGUCGACGUCAUCAAAGCAGAAUUUGAACAAUGGGUGGCUCAGAAUAAACAAUUUAGCAAAAUAUGUCUCAUGAACAACAAACGGGUAGUAGAUACAGUCAUAGAGCAGCUCCAAAAUGGAGAAAAAGACCCUCAAGUAAUCGCCCAAAAGGCCGAAGAAGAAGAAGAAGAAGAAGAGAUCCAAGCUAUGAUUGAAGAACUUCAGAAUGAUCCAAGAAUCAAGGRCCUGUCACAUGCACUUCAACAAUUGAUUUGCAGUUUUAAAACAGCACAAAUACCUUAUUCUUCUGCGAUUACCGUCUUAGGAAGUAUGUUUCCUAAGAGAAAAGUUACAGAAGAAGAGUUUAAAAACCAAAUAUGUCCACUUCCGAGCGUCACCGAACGCAGAUACUUAGACUGACAAAGAAGAUGGCCCUUGGAUAAUUGAUGGAUCAGGAGUACUACAUUGGGYACAGCGCAAACGAGCAAACUAUCAUUGAUAUAAUGAAAGUGAAUACAGAAAUCUGAUCAAUAGGAAUGAAAAAGGAAACAGUGAAGUUUACAAACAAUAGUGAAAAUAAACGAAACAAAUAUACAGCAAAAUAAUGAAAUACAAGAUUUACUACUAAGCCUCAACGACCGACCAACCAGAAAUGAUUGUACUCGAAGCAAAAUAAAAAGCAUGAAUACGAAAA